GCAGUGCUGUCAAAAAGUAAAAUAAACAUUUUGUUGGUUUAUAUUCUUUUAUUUUCGAUGUGAUUCCGUCUAAACUUCACAAAAUAAUCGUAGAUCGGUAAUAAGUACAAUAUGAUAGUCUGACGGUGUCCUGAUUUGUACAAUUCGUUUAUUUACUUAAGGCUUAAAAUCUCCUCGUUUGACAAAUUUCAUUGUAUUUGCGAUGUUUAACCCCGAUUUUAAUGACUACCAAUUGACUUCUAUAAUCACUGAGAGUUCUGGGGGCGUAGCGGUGGUUUACUCUGCCCUUUACAAGCCUAAUAAGCAGCAUGUGGCCGUUAAAAGAUACUUCGUUGAUAAUAGCAAGGAAAAUGCUAACCUUAUACAGCAAGACAUUCUAACCCGCAAAGAACUGCAGCACCAAAACAUUCUUCCAUACUUGACUUCUUUUGUCCACGGCCGAGAACUGUAUGUAGUGUCUCCUCUGAUGACGUUUGGGUCCUGUCGAGAUGUCCUGGACCGGUACUUCCAUGAGGGCUUGCCGGAACUGGCCUGUGCUAUAAUACUGAGGGAUGUGCUGCUAGCAUUACAGUACUUGCAUAAACAGUUGUACAUACAUAGAAGCGUCCGUGCGUCGCAUGUGCUAUUGAGCGAAAACGGCAGCGUGCGUCUGUCGGGUCUGCGGAGCGCGGCACCGCUCGUACUCCGCGGGCGCCGGCAGCGCCGCCUGCACACUCUGCCCCCGCCCGACCCUGACAACGCUAACCUGAUGUGGCUCAGCCCGGAGCUGCUGGAGCAGAAUUUGAAAGGAUACGACGAGCGUUCAGACAUCUACUCGCUCGGCGUCCUAUGCUGCGAGCUGGGCAACGGCGCCGUGCCUUUCGCGGAGGUUCCCACCACACUUAUGUUCACCGAGAAGGUGCGCGGCUCGCGUCCUCAACUCCUCGACUGUUCUACCUUUCCGCAACCUGCAGCCCAUGAAGUCAAAAAUAUGUACAAUACAGACACCGUAGGAGACAGCGCGGAGUGCGGCGUGGCGCGGCUGCGAGCGCUAUACUCGGCGCGAAAACUGUCCGACGCCUUCCACCACCUCAGCGAUCAGGCGCUGCAGAGGGACCCAGAAAAAAGGCCGUCGGCAGCACAGCUCCUGAACCACCAGUUCUUCAGGCAGAUCCGCAAGACUGACUUCCUCCCUAGCCUCAUCGGCCGCGUCAAGCCUAUCAAACCUGACCAAGAUGACAUGUCCGCUCUACUUUUACAAGAGAAACUGGCUGAAAUGGAGAUAGAGAAGACGACAGAAUGGGACUUCUAAACACAUUCUAUUGACAAUACAUAUAUGGGAACAUAGCUCUGCCCCUAACGGCUGAGUCGCAAAAACGUAUAUCAAUUACUAGUAUAGUAUAAAACACAAGUCAUCUCGACGGUUGCUUGACGUGAGUAUUGGAAAGAUUUGUAUUACUUAUUUAUUCGCAUUAGAAGUACCUCUUUGGUGCUUUUUAUGAAAACAUUACUGUCGAUUAGUGCAUCUUUCUAAGCGCAUAGGACUUGGCGCGAAACGCCACCGAAACGCCGUAGAAAUGUAGUCUGGCUCUGUCGCGCCAAUAUGCAAGAGCGAUAGAAAUAGAUAGCUACGAAAGAGAUAUUAUCGUGAGCGUUUCGUGAGCGUUUGUACAUUUGGCUGCGCACACUGGCCGAUUGAGUCCUUACAAAAUUAACUAUUAUGCAAAAAUGCAAUUUGAAUAUUAAAUAAUAGUCAUGUUUCAAAAAGAUAUAUAUACAAGGGGGUGAAUUACCUUAAAACAUUUAUUUAUACAUUUUAUUUUUAACUUCCCAAAUCGAACGUUAUUUAUAUUUGCCGUUCAUGGAGGAGGCCUACUUGAUGAUAUUAUAUUUGUUUAUUUCUACUAAAUUGAAAUGUAAACUAUAAUAUUUAUAAUUCUAACGUCACAUGAAUAAAUACGUUCAAAUUAAUGACGUGUCCAUUCUCAAUAAUAAAGAUGCAUAAUAUCAUAAAAUACUGCAAACGCAAUACUUUAUGAACAACACAAUCAAACAAACCAGAAACAAUGUUCUACGUAUAUUCAGUACGCUAACGUGAAUGGGAUCGGUGAUAGUAUCACAGUGACGGACUGUGCGCCAUUUUGUCACUCAUUUAAAGUCUUGAUAUUUCUGUUGGUCCAUCAAAGAUCAGAGGGCCUACCGCGAUCCAGGUACAACGUGUUCUUUCGCUGUCGCACUUGUUAGUUCAUAAGUAGGUGUGACUGGGGGGCGAGAACACGUUGAACGUGGUUCGUAGUAGGCCUCUUAUCAUUGCAAAUCCAGUUUAUCUGAAGGCAAUGACUAAAUUUGUUUAUCCCGUUUGAGUGGCUGCUGUAUUUCAAACCACAAACUAAGCGGCAGCUACCGUCAACGAGAGUGCAUUCUCCCUUACCUUUUCGCCGCCAUUAACUUGAUAUUUCAGUACAUGUCGUGCCCCACACGCUGCGACUCGAUAUGUUACAUGAGUUGCUUAGGUGCAAUUAUUGACAUGGCGUUGGUGAAACUUUAAUAUUUAAUUGACGUGGCGGAGAAAAGGUUAACCAAAUUACAUGUGUGUAGACUGUAGGGCUAUAUUCACAAUAGUAUAUUGUGCAACAAGGGAGGUAAGAGGGAUUUUGUCGACGAGUGUUAAAACUCGCGACAGCCGCAGGCUGGAGAGAGUUUUAGACACGAGUUUACAAAAUCCUUACCUCCUGAGUUA